UCAUUUUAAAGUGGUAUCCUAUGUUUUACAAUUUUCUCUUGUGAUUGAACAUCACACACCGUGUCACCGCUGACGUCAGUCCUGCGUGUGACGGUAGUUACAUCACAUAGCCGGCACUACUUCCUCUACUGUACGUGCGAUCUCAGACUGCUGAACAUUUAGGGACAAUUUGUUUGCAGGCGAUUCAAUUGACGGCACAACCCUUAAACAGUCAAGAUGUCUGAUUAUGAAGAGAAUGAAUCCAAGUUCAUGCGAAAAGCAAAGGAGAAUCCAUUUGUCCCAGUGGGAAUGGCUGGAUUCUUUGCCAUUGUGGCUUACAGACUGCUGAAAAUGAAAAAUCGAGGCGACACAAAGAUGUCAGUUCACCUGAUUCACAUGCGUGUAGCUGCCCAAGGCUUUGUGGUUGGAGCCAUGACCAUUGGGGUUAUAUAUUCAAUGUACAAGGAUUACAUUGUAAAACCCAGAGAAGAACAGAAAGCCUUGCAAAACAAGUGAACAUGAUGGAAAUGUAUAUCCCUUAAUAUGACUUCAUGUUAAGGUGUGUUGAAAGUUUAUUUUUACAGAUGUGUGAUAUAUUUUAUAUGCACACAUCCCCUUUAGCAGCUCACCUCUACUGUAAAUUGGUCUAACCAAUUGAGUACAUCUAAUGCCUAUCCUCUAAUACCUAAUUUCCACUGAAUCGACCCAACUCAACUGACUUUUGGUUCCUUUACUCAAUUUCAAAUUGUCCUGCUGAAAGGAUCGCCUCAUUGUGAGGGAUACUCCGCUGAUCAGCAUAGCAAAAUUGUGUGUAACUGUUGUCACAACAUCAUCAACAUGAGAUUUUCUGAAUCUUUUAUUUUUCACACAAUUCGAGGAACAUCUGCACUUUGUAAAAUGUCUGGUGUACAACUUGGUAUUAAGGGUCUGUCAAUUGUUUAAGGGGUUUGAGUGAAUUAAAUAAAAGCGAUGAUUUUAACUUGGCUAUUUAUAAAAAGGCAGGUUUGAGCAGGCUGUCCCAUGUCACAUAUGCCAUGGUUUUAGUGAUGAUAAUUGCAAACCCAUGAUUGUUCUGGAGUGUUUUAACUCCACCUGUUAUUUAUAGCUCUUCCAGAAGAAGUAUGUGUGUUCAAAAAUCAAAAACCACUGGGAAGAAAAAUUGAAAAAAGUACGACUAGCCUAAGCCUAUAGUUUAAAACAACCUGACAAAUCUGACUCUUCUCUCUCUGUUUGUUUGUUUUUUCUUUCUUACACCAGCGAUUUAACUUGAUGUACUUUUGUAAGGAUUUUUGUUGAGUGGAAAAUGAUUGCCCUUUGGUACACUUUUUUUUUCUUUUUUUAAACGGACAUCCGAAUGCUUAAGGAGUAUAGUUAUAGUAAGGCUUGGACCACAUAUGGUCUCAAACCUGAGACCAUAUGGCCUGUGUUUCAACAACAACGAGGUCACAAAAGGUUUGCGACUCACCACAGUAUCAGAUAAUCACACACAUUUAUAAACUCAUCGCAUAAAUUUAAAAAGGAAGAAAACAUGAAACAAAACCACAAAGGUCUCCUGUUGGAAUAAAAUUGAUUGCCAAGGCCAAUUGCUUUUCUUCACAUUUCUGUCAUAAUCUUGUGAUGCACAGUGGUCCAAUGUUUCAGAAGAUUGGCAAAUCUUCGUGGGACAUAUGAGCUAAACUAACUGAGGUUCACCUGCACACUUAUUAUUGAUCAUUAAGCCUACUUUGGGAUUUGCUUAUAUAGAUGCCUUGUUAAGUUAUUCACAAAGUUCAGUUUUGAAUGUUGUGUGAAAUGCAGGAAAUAUUGUUUUUUUUUUCCUCCUGGAAAUAAAGAUAAAAAGUAUUGUAAUACUGAA